AUAGUAGAAAGAGUAUCUUAGUUAUUAAAGGGACUGCCCACUUUUCCCCACCCAGAAUUCCACAAAAGAAGAACAUGGUGUCCUACCUUUUCUUAAUUUUCUAACCCCCUGCCCUUUUCUCUGCCACCUUUGUCCUCCCCCACCAGCAGUCUCCCAACCUCUGUCUUUCCAUAAUUAAACAUCACUACAUGCCACUAUGCGUACCCACCCAACAUCACUUCGCUCCCCUCCUUUCUCUCUUCCUCCUGUACUAGAAUCAAAGCAACACCCGUGAGUCCAGUUUCCCACAGAGCAAUGGGGAGGACGCAUGCAGCUCCCUAGUUGCUGAAGGAGACACAUAUCCAACCUUCCAGAUAAGCAUUUCCCUUGGGCUUCAACAUGAACACAUCCAACCAUGAAGCAUCCGAAGAUGUGUCUGAAGUCAGCAGUCAAGUGGCUUCCAACAUCUCUGUCCAAAAGCCCUUCCCAUGCCACAAGGAGGAGGAUCUAUCCUUCUCUCUGCAACCUAUAUCACUCGACCUUUCGCUCACUGUCAAGGCAGACUUAUCAUCACCAGCUGUUAUCUCCUUGUCAAGCACGAGCGAGAGCAGCAGCGAAACACAUGGUUGCAAUGCUCCCAACCCCCGAAGAGUCUUCUCCUGCAACUACUGCCAGCGUAAAUUCUUCAGCUCCCAGGCCUUGGGUGGCCACCAAAACGCUCAUAAGAGAGAACGGACUCUGGCGAAGAGGGCCCUUAGAAUGGAUGCACUCCCAUACACUUAUGCGAGUAUUGCAUCGCUGCCCCUCAAUGGUUCAGCAUUCCACUCGCUGGGAAUCAAGGCUCAUUCUUCAGUGCAUCCAGGCAUGGUUGAGAGGCAGGAAAGCCGGAGCAGUCCAAGGUUUGCCCGGGGCUUUCUCGGGCCAAUGCCGGACUUUGUGGAGGAUGAUGAUGCGAUUCUCUACUGGCCUGGGAGCUUCCGGCCAUCGGCAAACUCAGGUUUUGAACUGAUGGGGAAUUCAAAUUUGAAUCGUUCAACCGGUGAUCCCCUGCCAGCUGAGGAGCUUGAUCUUACUCUCAGACUUUGACUGGUUGAUCUUUGUUGUUUCUUCUCUAGUAUUUGCCUUUUAUCUUGAUAUUUUUAUUUUUGUGGACAAGUGUUUCUUCCAAUGUACAGUAAGGUAUGUGAUGGAACAUAGGUCUUUGCCGUAAGUUUUCACCCUUUCUCUAGGCUAAGCUUUGUUUCCAUGUUUAAAUCAUAUUCAGUGAUUGGUAUGUGAUUUUUCCCUUUUUUGAACAAAAAAUAUUUUGUGCUUGAUAAUGGUAUUCGAUGUUGUAUGUAUAUUUGGUUAUAUUCAAACCUAAUGGUUAUUGUUUCUUUCUAUUCA